AUGGGGAAGCCGAGCCCCCGUUCUCACCAGGUUCAUCGGAGGCGGCGAGUUCUUCCCCUCUUCAUUGUCGUCUCCCUGGCCGCCUUGCUGCUGUACUCGUACUGCAACUCUCUCCUUCCUUUCUCGUCGCUGGCGGAGUCUAGUUCCAGGCUGAUCAGUGUUCACCGGGAACCUGGUGUUCUGUCGGUAAACUUCACCUUCACGGUCAAGGUGCUCGCCUUCGACCGAAUCGAGUCCCUCCGGCGGUGCCUCCGGUCGCUUUCAGGUGCUGACUAUGGCGGCGACCGGGUGAAUCUCCAUGUUUUCGUGGACCAUUUCAGGACAGUGGCCCCGGGAAACGACUCCGAUCUGUUGGAUCAUAUGCUCCAGGAAGCGCGCAGGAUUUUGCAGUUUGUCGAUGGGUUCAGUUGGCAGUACGGCGAGAAGAUCCUGCACUACCGCACCUCGAACGCCGGCCUGCAGACGCAGUGGCUGGAGGCGUGGUGGCCUGGAUCCGACGACGAGUUUGCAUUCGUUGUGGAGGAUGAUUUGGAGGUAUCACCGCUUUACUACAAAUUCUUGAAACGUCUGAUCAUCAAUUAUUACUACGACUCUUCGAACUUCAGCCCUUCAAUUUAUGGGGCAUCGCUGCAGCGGCCGAGGUUCGUCCCUGGUAAGUAUUCUUAAUUUGACUCUGACUUUUUUUCUCUACAGUAAUCGACAUAUAGGACCAUUCUUGUGCACUCGUAAUCAUAGUUUUCUGUUUUAUUUUUUCCGUGGAACAUGAAGACGACAUGAAUCAUAGUAUUUCAGUUUCAAAUAGUGUUUUUUCUCCUCGGAGCUAAUUCCGAAUUAGGGAAAUUCGUGGACCCAGUAUGCUAGUGAACUUCUGUCCCAGAAUUGCAGAAUUAAAACUAGGCGCAUACUUCCUCUGCAUUUCCAAUUUAUAUGAUCAUUUGCUCCAUCACCCUGUUGUGAGAUGACUUCUGUAAUUUGUAAAGUUUAUCAUAGUCCUAAGAUACCUUGUUUACAUUUUACUGACUCAGAAUGAUGGACUAAAGCGAAUGUUUCUCGGAUGUCAGCUUGUUACUUUUUUUGGCUAAAGUAAUGAUGGCUGGAAUAAUGACACAUUUAGAUUUUGUUUAUUGCUUUUAAAAUGGUUUUUUUGAGGAAAACUAGGUUGAAACGGCUCAAAUCAGCCCACUCCUGUAUGAAAGAGAUCCUGAUGCUUUAGUGAUGUACUUUUGACGAAUGCAGCUGCAUUGAUUAACAGUGUCUAGAAAUAAUGUUUAGGUGGACUAAGGUUAUCACCAUAAACGAUAUAGUUGAAUAUUGGAAAAGAUUUUUUUUAGUGUAGAUGUUGAGGAAUAAUUUGCGGUUGAACGACUGUCAUCAUCAUAAAAAUUUAUAAAUAAGAUUUGAUAUGGAGUUUUCGAACCUUCAACUUGGACACAGAUAUCUCAAUGUUCCUGUCUCCCAUCAAUAACUACCACAAACAAGGCUCAAUACCCCGUAUCACUUACUCUUUUUUCUCGCUAAAUUGAUUCUAUAUUUACUGAAAUCAUGGUAUAAUAAGAUGGUCUUUUUGGCAGCCUCGUCGAUGUUCUUGAUCCAAGUCAUCAAAAUAUUAUUUCGUUCAUCAUGAUCAUAUUCCAUGCGACGUUAUUUGCCUCCCUUUGAUGCUAAGGAAAUUGUAUUUUUUUUAAAGUUUCUCCUUAAUGCGCUACCUUUCAAACGUUAUCAUUAACUUUCCUGAUAUUUUUCUCGUUUUGUUGUCAUUCUUCAGUUUCUGCAACAAAACCCACCUGAAAAUUUUGAAUUGAUAUGUCAAACUCUUAAAAUUAUGCUGGUCAAUUGAUACUUUGACAGUUGACUCCUCGCAUCUGAUCAAAACAAUUAACAGGUAAACAUGGAAACAAACUCCGAUUGGACAAUGAGACGAGCCUUUUUUUAUAUCAAUUAGUUGGCACAUGGGGCCAGCUUCUCUUUCCAAAACCCUGGAAAGAAUUCCGGCUGUGGUAUGACGAGCACAAGAGCAAAGGCAUUCCCCCCAUUCUUGAAGGCAUGGUAAUGUUGAUCGCUGAACCUUCUGUGGGAUCAUAUCCUAUCCGUUCGCUUUUUUUAUUAGUUCACAGUAAUUUAGUACCUAUUAUGAAUCCAUAGCUUUUAACUAAAAUGAAGAGGGACUCGUCCUGUGAAAGGCAUGCUCAGAGUGUGACCGCAUUGUUCUUCAGUGCUGCGACCUCAUUUGUUUUCUCCUAUCUCUCUUCCUGUCUGCAGGUAACCAAUGGGUGGUACAAAAAGAUGGGCGAGAAGAUAUGGACCCCUUGGUUUAUUAAAUUUAUACAUUCUCGCGGGUAUUUCAAUAUUUACACUCAUUUUUCCGAGGAAAGGGCUCUCAGUAUCUCUUACAGGGAUCCAGGGGUAAACUAUGGGAGAAGUGCAGGUCCUGACUCUGUUCUAAUAGACAGAAGCUCCAUUAAUCUCAACCUCUGGGAAACUCGGCCGCUCAAGUCCCUAAAAUGGUAUGAUUUCUGCUUCAGAGAGGUCCACCCCGGAAGGGUAAUGAGAACCCUAGAUGAACUCGGGCUUCUUCUAGAUUCUUUGCACAAACAGGGCACGAUCAUAAUAGUCAGCCUAUUCAGGACUCCUCGAAACAUUGCUAGGAAUCUGCUCUGCCACUUUGAGAGGCUCAACAUCACGAACUACAUUCUUCUCGGCGACAACUCUGAAUUCCUUCUUGAUCUUGCAAGAACAGGGCACCCGGUGGUUGACUCUGUUCAGCUGCUUAGCAGUUUCAAGCACCGCGACUGGAGUCAUCUUCCAAAUUUGGAAACAGGGCUGGUGACGGAGUUCUCUCUCAAAGCCUACGUGAUAAAAAAAAGCUUGGAAUCUGGGUACAACACCUGGCUGGUAGGAGGCGAUAUGGUUCCUAUCACCAAUGCUUUCAACGAGACGAUGGGCUCAUCCGUUGACUUCUGGGCAUCCUCGGGCACAGAGCUUUUAUAUGGAAGAAGCUCGCCAACCUCAGCAAAGACCUGGAAUGACAUCAUCCCCGACAUCAUGGCUGCACACGGACCCUCCGUGCCACUUGGCAGCAGGGCCUUCAUUUCUUCUGCUGUCGGUGCAUUGGAGAAGAGAGGAUCUGGAAAGAUCUUGACGGAUGAAAGCCCCGUGUUUAAUGUGGCCGCAUUGGGCGCCGUCAGCAAUACGAAUGCAUCAUCACUCUUGAAGAAGGGGAAGAACGUAAUCCACUGGGCACCAGGGACUUCAACAGACACUCUGCUGGGGUCUCUUAUGAACGUGGGCGUGUGGCUGAUCAAUGGGGACUCUUCUUGCACUGCGGUUUACUGCCACCACUCAUAG